AUGAGUCUCGAUCGCCAAGAUGGGUCUCAGAAGAGUGAGCUGGAAAGUACUACGAAACCGCCAUUGCAGGGUCUACAGCUGCCCUCCACUUCCAGCCUGGUCGAGUCUGCUUCGUUUGCCGAGCUCGGGCAGCGAGACCACAAUCAAAAAUUGCCUGGAAUGUUCUCAACAAUGGUCAGGAUAUACAAGACGGAGGGCGGCAUGAUUGCCCUCUAUCGCGGAAUUGUUCCCACCGUCGCCGGGGUUGCUCCAUACGUCGGUCUGAAUUUUAUGACUUACGAGUCGGUGCGCAAGUAUUUUACCCCGGAUGGAGAGAAGAGCCCUCAGUCCAACCCGAAGAUUGUUGGCAGUGAUGUGCUGCGGCGGCGCUUCCAAAUCAACACCAUGUCCGGGAUGGGAUACAAAUAUGCCUCAAUCUGGGACGCUGUGCGAGUGAUUGUGGCCGAGGAAGGUCUGCGAGGGCUUUUUAAAGGAAUUGGACCCAAUCUCCUCAAGGUUGCUCCCAGUAUGGCCAGCAGCUGGUUCAGCUUCGAGAUGACACGGGAUUUCCUCGUGAGCAUGGGGGAUAGAGAUUAG